AUGGAUGAAUGCGGUCAACCACGCUCUCAAAAAGUAGAUAGCUUCUCAGCGGUUGAGCAACGUGCAGAUUUUUGGAAGGUUCGCAUUGUUCGACAAUGUUCCGGCAGUUCGAAGGUUUAUCUCUUCCCAUCUCUCCUGGAAUGGUUUAAUGAACGGCCGCAGUCAGUAUUAAAUAAUGCUCUUGUAAAAAGAGAGUCGCAGUUGGAUAUAGAAAUACCAGAGGUUCUGGCGACAUCUCCUCGUCCUUGUCCUGGACCAUACGUCAAUGGAGAUCCUCUAACAUUAUUUGUCGCUGGAAAUAUGACCACCAGGCCUUCUUCACAAGACAUAGUAGCUCAUUUACAACGAAGUUAUUUGGAGUUGUAUCAGCGUAAUGGACGUGAACUGGUUUCGUUGAUUGAUGCAAGUCUGCUUUUGAAUGAGGCUUCGUUUGCUCGAAAGAUCAGCGAGGAAAACAAUUACCAGCAUGAUUUGUUGCAACUUCAUCUUAAUCAAUCCACUCAUGAUAAAUGGGACAACCACAAGACUUCCGUAAUGCUUCGAUUAUCAUGUGGUGGUGUACCAUCGAAUGAAUUGUGGGAAGCAGCAACAAUCACCCGACUGAUUUGUGAUAUGAUGGCUGGGCCGAGAUCACGUCGUCGAUCUGCUGUUGCAGAGAUGGCUGCUAGUGGCUUGAAAUUAGAUGCUAUGGUUUUGGCCAAACUUUAUUUCCCAGAAGAUUACAUUUGCGAGCAGCUUACACGAGAAUGCUCUUGUCUAUUUCAAAACACUGUCAACGCGGAUGUCCUUGAAAUAGUCAGGUUGAUCAACAGUGCAGUAAAUCCAUUUUUUGAACGUCGCAUGCUUCGUUGUAUCGAUCAGUUAUGCUGCUAUCGAAUUCUGAGGAUUGACUUUGCCCUCAACGAACAUGCUCCACUACAGAGAAAAUUGGUUGGACGCUUGGAACUGGCACAACAUGUCCGCUUUGUAAUUGCCGACGCUCUAGCAUAUCGCAAUUUUGGUGCUGUAAUCGUUAUUGCGGAGAAUGCGACUGUGCACCUUGACAAAUAUUCCUUUUUUACCGGGGUUGAACAGAUUGUUUAUCCUUUGGCCAUGACGCUAUUGUCGGAAGCCGCCCGCACAAUUUUCCACGCAAAACCGGCAUCUAUUGGAUGGAAGAAACAGAGUGAUGUAUCGGACAAAUUAGGAUUAUUUUUGCAACGACAUCCUAACGGGUAUAUUGGAGGAUUAGUUGAAAUGUGGCUAAACCGUUCGGCUCUCGUGGAUAUCGCUGAAUCUAAUGACGUUUAUCGCCAGCGUAGUCUCCGCAGCUCAAUAGAGAGUAUAGCGAUUGUCCUUCGCGAGGACACUACUUUAAACCCCAUUUGUCGAGGACUUCUGAUUUUCGCUUGUGAUUUCGUUUGCUCGGUUCUUGAAGUUAUUUUUGGCCGUUCUUGUCCACGAAUUGAUGUACUGGUCGAGAAUCCAUACAUCGAUCGUCACACAGGCAUGAGCAUGAUUCGCAAGCUUAGUAGAAGAAUGCUAUGUGGACAUCCUGAUGAGCGUGUAUUGGUUGUACUCAGUCAGCUAUGUCCUGUUUCUAUGAUGGAGAGACAGGAUGCAAGCAGCUAUGGUUUUGUAGACUCCAAAGAAGACGUACUGGAGGCUCGGGAGAGUGUAGUGGAUUUCCAGAUCUCGAAGAUUCCAUCUUCCAUCGUUGAGCCUGUUCAUUCGAGUACUGCGAGUAGCGAAAUCGCUAUACAUGAUAGAACUCGUGAAUUGGUAAUGGUGUCUGAUGUUGAUCAUAAUUUUUGCGAAGGAAACGAUCAAUCGUUACGGAGAAAUACUUGCGCAUACACUGGUUCCUCUGAGUCUGAUCGCUGCGCUCCAGACAAUGACGACUUAGCAGAAAGCGAGCAAAGUUUGGAUCAAAAUGAUGUUUUGUCCGUUGCACCAUCUCGAUCAGUUUGCGAGCAAGUGGAGACAAUGAUGGCUGGAGUUAAAUAUUGCAAAGAACGAGAACUUGUCACCUCAGGAGCUGAGCAAAAAAUUCAUGUCGAUGAUGCUGAACAAUCUUCGGCGGAGGAAGCAGGAAUAACCUUUGAUGUUCCGCCCCUAGAGAGUAUUGGACAAGAUGAGCUGAGUUUGGCAGAUACUGUCGAAGUGAAUGCGCAAAUAGGUAGCAAGAGUGCAACAUUGAACCAAGAAAAUAAAAAAGAAGAUGAUGAGAAAGAAAGUUUCAAUCAAAACCACAACAAAGAAAAUAAACAAGACGAUCAUUUGUUGCAUGCUAUGGACUAUGGACAAGGAGUAACGCAGAGUAAUUUGUCUGAAAGUAGUUCUUUAACACCCACAAUGAAAACAUCAGAUGCGGUGGAAGAACACUCCAUUCCUGUAGAUGGAGUGAAAAAUUUGUCCGUGUCUAUUCCAAAGGUCUUCUUCACUUCUCCUUUGGACAGUGAUCUUGGUUCUUCGAAUACUUCAAGCGAUGAUGACAUUGCUGCAGUUCUUAAUCAUUCAUUGAGUACUAGAAUUAUCUCAGAAAAGAGCCAAACGAAUCCUGAAGGAAACGAAUUGGAAAUUAGAUCGACCACAGAAGAAGAGACGAAACAUUUGGAAUCAAGAAGGAACAUGAAACAUUUGGAACAAGGAAACAGUUUCGAUCAUGUGGGCCCAGUUAGUGACUCUGAUUCUUGUCUGCCUAACUCCUUAAAGUACGCUCACGGUGAUUCCAAGGAUGACCCUUGCGGCAACGAGAACUCUUGCGCUUCAGAGAAUAUUCAGGAACAGGUGGGUGUGGAAAGUGAAAGUGCGGAGGACGUCAAAGCUUUUCGUGUACAGAAAAAAUUCAUGUCCGGAGGAUUCGCCGUUCCUGAUUCACCUGCUGACUGUAAUUUUGGUUAUAUAACUUCUAAAAAAGAGGACACUACAUUUCGAGGUCAUUCUUUGUCCGAAGGAAGAAGUGGGUUUGAAAAUGAGGGGUCCUGCAGUUUCCGCGGAGGCAGACCCAACUACAGUGGUAUCGGCACCCGUUGCUCCGACAAAGGUAGCCUUCGAGACAGCAAUCGAAAUCAUGAAGGAAGUGGUGGGUAUCGUGGACGAGGUGGCUAUGGGGGUCGAAACAGAAAUAAUAACCGAAGUUUUGAGAGGCUUCCGUGGCAGUAG